AUGGGUGGAACUGUGAGAGGAGGAGAAGAGAAGAAAGGAUCAGAUUUGACUCAUCAAAGAGAAAGACCAGACUCAGAGGAACCAGAGCCAGGGACGUCCAAACCAACAAGACGACACUUGUGUUCCCACUGUGGAAAGGGUUGUAACCUCUUGUGGGAGCUGAAACAACAUGAGAGAAUACACACAGGGGAGAAGCCUUUCCACUGCUCCCAGUGUGGAAAAAGUUUUGGCCAUAAAGGAACCCUUAACAAACACGAGAGAAUACACACAGGGGAGAAGCCUCACCACUGCUUCCAGUGUGGAAAGUGUUUUAACCUGUUAGGGUCUCUGAAACGACAUGAGAGAUUACACACAGGGCAGAAGCCUUACCACUGUUCCCAAUGUGGAAAGGGUUGUAACCUCCUAUGGGAGCUGAAACAACAUGAGAGAACACACACAGGGGAGAAGCCUUACCACUGCUCGCAGUGUGGAAAGAGUUUUAACCAGAAAGGACACAUGAAAGCCCAUGAGAGAAUACACACAGGGGAGAAACCUUACCACUGCUCCCAGUGUGGAAAGAGUUUUAGCCGGUUAAGGAACCUGAAAGUUCAUGAGAUAAUACACACAGGGGAGAAGCCUUACCAGUGCUCCCAGUGUGGCAAGUGUUUUAACCAGUUAGGAGCCAUGAAACAACACGAGAGAAUACACACAGGGGAGAAGCCUUACCACUGCUCCCAGUGUGGAAAGCGUUUCAACUGGUCAGGGGAUCUGAAAAAACAUGAGAGAUUACACACAGGGGAGAAGCUUUACCACUGUUCCCAAUGUGGAAAGGGUUGUAACUUAUUAUGGGAUCUGAAACAACAUGAGAGAACACACACAGGGGAGAAGCCUUACCACUGCUCACAGUGUGGAAAGAGUUUUAAACUGAAAGGACACCUGAAAGCUCACCAGAAAAUUCACACAGGGGAGAAGCCUUACCACUGCUCCCUGUGUGGAAAGUGUUUCAGCCGGUCAGGUGAUCUGAAGAAACAUGAGAGAAUACACACAGGGGAGAAGCCUAACCACUCCUCACAGGGUGCAAAGCUUUUGCCCAUUGAGAAAGCAUGAAAGAACACAUGAGACUGCACACAGAGGAGAAGGCUUACAAAAGCUCAGACUGUGGGAAAACAUAUUACUCAUAACAUAUUACACUUAAAUGUCAUUAGAGAAUCCACACAGGAGAGAGAAAUUACUUCUCUUAGCGUGUAUAUUGAUAUUUCACAUCACAUUGACUUAACAUUCAUCAGAGAACAUACACAGUGCUCCCAUUGUCUUAUAUUGUUGACUGAUAAUGUGUUGACCUGCUUUUAC